AUGAUAGUCUCGCUGCUCGCUGCCGUGUUUCUCUCCUUCGUGCUUCUCUUCUUCAAACUGCCACCGGGGCCUUCUGGCAUCCCUCUAUUUGGAAACCUGCUUCAGCUGCCUGCUUUGCGACCGCACCCCAAGCUUCUCACAUGGGCCUCCGACUACGGAGAGAUUUUCCACUCAAGCUGGGCGGUCAGGAUUGCGGAUGAGCUACUGAUACGGCGCAGCAACAACUACUCCAGUCGAGCGGUGCCGCAUGUCGCUCAUGAACUUCUUCGCGAUGGGCUUGGGAUCACGUUCAUGGAGUAUGGCUCUUCGUGGAGGGCACUCCGGAAAGCCCUGCAGGGCGCGCUCGGUCCCAGCCCCGCGAAGCAGCUCCGUCAAACACAGGAAUACGAAUCACGCGUCCUCCUGUAUGACCUGCUGUGCCACGGCGACAGCAGUGUCAUGGAAGACGGCAGGUUGGAUCCCCAUGGAGAGGGCCACUGGUAUGCGCCCGUCCGGCGAUAUGCGACAAGUGUCACUCUGUUUUCGAUCUACGGCAAGCGAUCCAAUCGAUUUCGGGACAAUCCGAACCUCCACGUCAUAUACGACAUCGUUGACAAUUUCACACGGAUGUCGCAACCUGGAAACUAUCUGUGGGGCGGACGGUUCCCAUUGCUACGCAAGCUGCCGGAUUUCUUGGCGCCAUGGCGGGUCAAAGCUCGUACACUGCAUUUACGGGAAAAACGGCUGUGGGAAGGUCUCGUCGAAGACUGCAAAGCAGAUAUGCAAAACGGCGAAGAUCGGAGUGGGUUCGUCAAUUCGUACCUGAAUGCCCGUGCCAGAGCAGGUCAAGAGAACGCCCCAGGAAAAGGAUUUACAGAGGGCGAAUGGAUGCAAGACAAGUUUCUUGCUUUUGGGGCGGGUUCCGUCCUGGAGGCAGGUUCGGAUACCACUGCCAUGAGCAUAGCGACGUUCGUGCUCUACAUGUUGAAUCACCCACAAGUCCUGCGGAAGGCGCGAGACGAGAUAGAUUCUGUGGUCGGGACGGAACGUAUGCCGGAUUUUGACGAUGAAGAACGGUUGCCCUACUUCGUAGCCUGCGUCAAAGAGACCAUGAGGCACCGCCCUCUCGCUCCCCUAGGCAUGUUCAUAGGUAUCCCGCACGCAACGAUGGAAGACGACUUCUACAAAGACUACUACAUACCGAAAGGAUGUACAGUGAUCGGAAACAUAUGGGCUAUACACAGGGAUCCCGAACGCUUCUACAACCCAACGGCGUUCAUGCCAGAGAGGUUCUACGAGGAAGGCAGGCCGACGCGCUGGGGGAGCGGACCAGUCUCGCAGGAUCGCGACCACUACAGUUUCGGCUGGGGCCGCCGCUUCUGCCAGGGCAGCCACGUCGCACAGGCGUCGCUGUUCAUCACCCUCUCCCGCCUGAUAUGGGGCAUCGACUUCUCCGCCCCACUCGAUCCAAAGACGCAGCGACCGAUCGUACCAGAUAUCGCGAACGAGGAGGCUACGUGGAGCGAGGGCUUCGUGAGCAUACCGUACCCGUUCAAGGUCAGGUUCGCGGCGCGGUCGGAGAAGCACGCCGGGUUGAUUCGCAGCCAAUUCGAUGCCGUGCAGCGGUGA